AUGUCGUGCCAGCUAACGUUAUUGUCUCAGUUCCAAGAUAUAUCUACUAUAAAGAGAUUUCUAUUCCCGUUUUUAAAGGAUGCAACACCGGAUCCACAAAACACUGAAGAUGCUUGGUCAGCUAGUUGGGAGUGGGCAGUGGACUCCCAAUUGCAAGAAGAGGAGGAAGAAUGCUUUUCUAAAAGACGAUAUCAUGAAACCUGGUUGCAGAAUUCUAUAAUAUCUUUGUCUCCAGCUAAUGACCUUUUAGCCAUUGCAAACGAGGACCGGAUUGUCCUUCUUGCACAAAAAUAUGACCCACAAGAAACAGAUGAAAGUCUUGAAUCCAAGUUCACUACUGUAUGGCAAGCCUCUUUGAAGCAAGAGGAAGGGGAACAUAUCACAGCUAUAUUAUGUUUACCUCUUGCUUCUCAAAAAAGGAGUACACAGGGAGCCCCAGAUUGGACAUGUGUUAUUGUUGGUUUCUCUUCAGGAUAUAUUCGUAUGUAUACAGAAACUGGUACUUUAUUGCUUUCUCAACUUCUACAUGAAGAAGCUGUACAAAAACUGAAAUGUAAAUCCUAUGAAUCUCCUCGGUACCUUGGAAUGGCCGAACAGCAUGAAGAGUUGAUGAUUCUCUACAAGAAGGCCUUCCUUACCAUUGAUGGAUUCAGUUUGUUUCAGUCAUUAAGAGCUUGCCGAAACCAAUCUCUCUCUCUCUCUCCUUGUUCUUCUCUUCUCUCUCUCUCUCUCCUUGUUCUUCUAUUGAAUCUCUCUCUCUCCUUGUUCUUCUCUGUCUCUCUCUCUCUCUCCUUGUUCUUCUCUGAAACUCUCUCUCUCCUUGUUCUUCUUUUCUCUCUCUCUCCUUGUUCUUCUCUCUCUCUCUCUCUAAAUUCUUCUCUCUCUCUCUCUUGUUGUUCUUCUCCUUCUCUCUUUCCUUAUCUUCUUGCUCUGUCUCUCUCUCUCCUUGUUCUUCUCCGUGUCUCUCUCUCCUUUUUUCUUCUCUGUCUCUCUCUCUCCUUGUUCUUCUAUUUUCUCUCUCUCUCCUUGUUCUUCUCUGUCUCUCUCUCUCCUUGUUCUGAACACUGUGUCUCUCUCUCUCUCCUUGUUUUUCUGUGUCUCUCUCUCUCUCUCCUUGUUCUUCUCUGUGUCUUUUUCUCUCUCUCUCCUUGUUCUUCUUCUCUCUCUCUCUCUCUUCUCUUCUUCUCUCCUGAGCUCUUCUCUCUCUCCUUGUUCUCUCUCUGUUUCCCAUUGUUUUCUCUCUCUCUUUUUUGUUUUUUUCUUUCUCUCUCCUUGUUCUUCUCUCUCUCUCUCCUUGUUCUUCUCUCUCUCUCCUUGUUCUUCUCUUCUCUCCUUGUUCUUCUCUCUCUCUCUCCUUGUUCUUCUCUGUCUCUCUCCUUGUUCUUCUCUGUCUCUCUCCUUGUUCUUCUCUGUCUCUCUCCUUGUUCUUCUCUGUCUCUCUCCUUGUUCUUCUCUGUCUCUCUCCUUGUUCUUCUCUGUCUCUCUCCUUGUUCUUCUCUGUCUCUCUCCUUGUUCUUCUCUGUCUCUCCUUUUUCUUCUGUCUCUCCUUUUUGUUCUUCUCUGUCUCUCUCCUUGUUCUUCUCUCUCUCUCUCCUUUUUCUUCUCUGUCUCUCCUUGUCUCUGAGCUUUUCCUUCUAUAUUCUGUCCACAUGUCCUUGUCCUUCUCUCUUACUCUUGUCCUUAAUUCCUUCUCUCUCUCUCUGUCUGUCCUUCUUUUAUUUUCUUCGGUUUCUUUUUUUAUUUUCUCUGUUUUUUUUAUUUUCUUCUGUUUCUUCUUUUAUUUUCUUCUGUUUCUUCUUUUAUUUUCUUCUGUUUCUUCUUUUAUUUUCUUCUGUUUCUUCUUUUAUUUUCUUCUGUUUCUUCUUAUUGUUAUUAUAA